AUGGCGUUGCCGAACGGCUAUGAAAAGCUAGCUAAGGAUUUUGAUAGCUUCUGGCUGAAGUUUUACAAAAGCAGUUAUUUAUCACCGAACUUUCAGAGGUUACCUAGGUGCUGGAAUGUUAAGGAUCGUUCAAGAUCCUUACGAUUGUCACAUUUCGCACUUACAGUAUCAUUUAGUAGUGGAUUCAACGAGCGUCAUGAUAGUAAUUAUAGUGGUCAAGAUGCAGCCUGUGUUCGUUCUGAUGCUUCUAUCCCUCUGACUACAGGAAUCUAUUAUUUCGAAAUUACAGUGCUAAAUAAGGGUACUAAUGCUUGUAUGUCCGUUGGUGUGUCAAUGAAGACGUCCAGUCUCAACAAGUUACCAGGUUCCGAAAAUAAUUCAUUCGGUUAUCAAAUGGAUGGUUGUGUUUACCAUGGUUCGCCGACAUCAUCCACGAAAUUCGGACCUCGUUUUAGUGAAAACGAUAUUAUUGGUUGUGGUGUUGAUUUCCUCUCUCAAAGUUUGUUUUUCACUCGCAAUGGUAUCUUUUUAGGUAAAGCUUUUGAGGGAAAAGUGCCGGUGGGUGCUGGCACACGUUUAUUUCCCACGAUAGGCUUACAGGGUCGCGGGGUUAGAGUGACUACCAAUUUCGGGCAACAGCCGUUUUAUUUUGCUUUCGAAAACCAUCUUAAAACAGAACGGAUAUCACGUGAAGACAAACUUAUUGAGCGCACAUGCAAGGAAGAUUUCGCUGGCAUAAAAAUAAAAGAGCUUGUAUCUGGAUACCUUGUUCAUCAUGGUUACGUUGCUACUGCCAAAGCCUUUUCUCACUGGUCCAACCUCGCAGCUUCUGUUCACAAUUCUGACGUUCAAGUAGUGCAAACGCCAGUUUCUGAAGAAACUUCUAAUCGAUCAAGUCUAGUUUCCAGUUCAUCAGAGACGAAUGUUGAUAUGCAUCAAGAUGUUGCCAACAAAGAAUCUAAUCUUCCUGCUCUUCAACGCCGUCAUAGUGACAGCUCAUGUUUAGCACCUGCCAACAUCAGCUGCCAGUUAGGCAAUCAACUUCCAGUUCUUGAGCGGUGUCCAGAACUGCUUGUUCAGCUUCGAUGUCGUCAGUUAAUUGAAAUGAUGCAUCGCCAUGCUGUGCGACGUGGUCGUAGUCAUGCAUCAAAUUCAGGAAGUGAAUAUAAUGAUGCCAAUUCAACCACAGCCCCUCCAAAAGUUCAAAGAGUAUCUGGUUCUCUUCAUGUUGGCUCAGGGUGUUGUGUUACCAGUAGGCAAGAUAAAUCGCCCCAAGAUACAUCUGAUUCAAUUCAAAAGGUCAUUGAAAACGGUACGCCACUCCUGUCAAUGGAUGUAGAUUCAGAGGACCUACCGAAACCAUCGCAUACAGAGGAUGCACAAAAUGUCGAACAAAAAGGUGAAGCCGAUUUAAAAAGCAAUUUGCUCACAGACUUGGAUGAUGAUUUAGAGGCAGGUGAUCUUGAAGAUGAUGAAGAUGAUGAUGGUUUUGGAGUGGAUGAUGAUACAGGUGUUUGCAUUAACACUCUUUUGCCCCCUCAAAAUGUAAAGGCUUGUCAGUCCAACAGUCUGUCAUGCACACCUUCAGGAAUGGAUGUUGAUAGUGAAGUACUCUCUGCAGAAUCAAAGUCCAAGUCAACAAAAGACGGUUUUGGUGCUGUAUCUUCUAAUUCAGAAAUGAACAGUGAUGAUGAAAUGCGAUGUUUGUUAAGACAUGUUCAAUUUGGUCGAUCACUUGUAAAUCUGGUCCGGCAAGUAAGAGCUAAAACAGGUGGUCUAUCUUUAGAAACAGAACGUUUACUGCAACAAUCCGUUAGUUUAUUGGCUUACCCAUCACCUACGUCCAGUGAUUGCCCUUUACGAGGUUUACUCGAUCCAGUAUGGCGGGAUACAAUAGCCAGCAUUAUCAACAGUGCUGUUCUAAAGGCUCAUGAUUUACCAGCUCAACCAGCGCUGGAACAUGGUCUGCGCGCCCUGCAGCGUUGUUUCCAAGAUAAGAAUUUUGUUGAGGCACAAACUCUGGGGCACUUCCUGUUGUAUCACUUAACACCUGCUCAGAUCGCAAAAGUCGAUGAAGAGGUUGCAGCUAUAGAGGCAUCUGCGCAACAUCAAACUGGAAAACGUUUAAGGUCUUCAAUUUCACAAUCUAAUGGCGACCAAACAAACGAGGCUGAUGGUAAUACAUCCUCCGGUUCUCGUAACACCGAAGUCAAUGGUCAUAAUACUGUCCGGCCCAGGGCUCGUCGUUGUCGUCGUCGAAGACAAGUUGAUGGUACUGUAUCAGAAAGCCAGUCUUCUGAACAUACUGAUGAGUGUAAUUCUUCAGUUGAGGAGGUCAAUAAAGAAGAGGAGGAGGAAGAUGAUGACGACGAAGAAGAAGGUCUACUUUCUGUGUCAUAUCCUCAGCAUGCUGAAUUUCUGGCUGCUAUGGAUGAUGCUUUAAAAGCAUAUGCUGGGUCUCUCCUUACUGAAGAUGAACAGGCUUUCAUGCCUAACCCUCAAAACCAACAUUCACGAGAAGACCCACCUUCUCCCACUGGUGGUGGUGCUUGUGCUUAA